CGGGCGCAUGCGCAGGGGGGCGCGCCGCCUCUGCCCCGCGGCGAGGGUGUCUAUGGAGAGGCGGCGGCCGCGGCUGCGGAGGCAGACGCUGCUGCGGCGAUGGCGCCCUUCCCCGAAGAAGUGGACGUCUUCACCGCCCCGCACUGGCGGAUGAAGCAGCUCGUGGGGCGCUACUGCGACAAGCUUUCUAAAACCAACUUUUCCAACAACAAUGAUUUCCGUGCUCUUCUGCAGUCUCUGUAUGCUACUUUCAAGGAGUUCAAAAUGCAUGAGCAGAUUGAAAAUGAAUACAUUAUUGGCUUGCUUCAGCAACGCAGCCAGACCAUUUAUAAUGUACAUUCUGACAAUAAACUUUCUGAGAUGCUUAGCCUCUUUGAAAAAGGACUGAAGAAUGUGAAGAAUGAAUGUGAGCAGUUAAAUUAUGCCAAACAGCUGAAAGAGAGAUUGGAGGCUUUUACAAGAGAUUUUCUUCCUCACAUGAAAGAAGAGGAAGAGGUGUUUCAGCCCAUGUUAAUGGAAUAUUUUACCUACGAAGAGCUUAAAGAUAUUAAAAAGAAAGUGAUUGCACAACACCGCUCCCAGAAGGAUACCGCAGAACUGCUUAGAGGUCUUAGCCUGUGGAAUCAAGCUGAAGAACGACAGAAGUUUUUCAAAUAUUCUGUGGAUGAAAAGUCAGAUAGAGAAGCAGAAGUGUCAGAGCACUCCACAGGUAUAACCCAUCUUCCUCCCGAGGUAAUGCUGUCCAUUUUCAGUUAUCUCAACCCGCAAGAAUUAUGUCGAUGUAGUCAAGUCAGCACUAAAUGGUCUCAGUUGGCAAAAACUGGAUCACUGUGGAAACAUCUUUAUCCUGUUCAUUGGGCCAGAGGUGACUGGUAUUGUGGUCCUGCCACUGAGCUUGAUACCGAGCCCGAUGAGGAGUGGGUGAGGAAUAGGAAAGAUGAAAGUCGUGCGUUUCAGGAGUGGGAUGAGGAUGCGGACAUAGAUGAAUCUGAAGAGUCUGCAGAGGAGUCCAUUGCUAUCAGCAUUGCACAGAUGGAAAAACGUUUACUCCAUGGCUUAAUUCAUAAUAUUCUACCGCAUGUUGGUACUUCUGUAAAAACAUUAGUGUUAGCGUACAGCUCUGCAGUUUCCAGCAAAAUGGUUAGACAGAUUUUAGAGCUUUGUCCUAACCUGGAGCAUCUGGAUCUUACCCAAACUGACAUCUCAGAUUCUGCAUUUGACAGUUGGUCUUGGCUUGGUUGCUGCCAGAGUCUUCGGCAUCUUGACCUGUCUGGAUGUGAGAAAAUCACAGAUGUGGCUCUGGAGAAAAUUUCCACAGCUCUUGGCAUCUUGACCUCUCAGAGUGGCUUUCUGAAAACUUCUGCAAAUAAAAUUGCUUCAACUACAUGGAAAAAUAAAGACAUUACCAUGCAGUCUCCCAAGCAAUAUGCCUGUUUGCGUGAUUUAACUAAUAACAAAGACAUUGGAGAAGAAAUAGAUAAUGAACACAUGUGGACUAAACCUGUUUCUUCUGAAAGUUUCACUGCUCCUUAUGUGUGGAUGUUAGAUGCUGAAGAUUUGGCUGAUAUUGAAGACACUGUAGAAUGGAGACACCGCAAUGUUGAAAGUCUCCGCGUAAUGGAAACAGCCUCCAGCUUUGCUUGUUCCUCAGUUGGUUGUUACAGGAAGGAUAUUGUUGGACUAAGGACGAGUGUCUGUUGGCAGCAGCAUUGUGCUGCUCCAGCUCUUGCUUACUGCGGUCAUGCAUUCUGUUGCACAGGAACAGCCCUAAGAACUAUGGCGGCUCUCCCAGGGUCUUCCGCAGUGUGUGGAAAAGCACUAAGGACUACAUUGCCUAGGGAAAAUGACUUGCUUUAUUUUGGGAGUGACAAAUGCGAUCAAGUGACUGGACGAGUACUUUUGUUUCUCAGUCUGUCUGGAUGUUAUCAGAUCACUGACCAUGGGCUCAGGGUUUUGACUCUGGGAGGAGGGCUGCCAUAUUUGGAGCACCUCAAUCUCUCUGGUUGUCUUACUGUAACUGGUGCAGGCCUGCAGGAUUUGGUUUCAGCAUGCCCUUCCCUGAACGAUGAAUACUUUUACUACUGUGACAACAUUAACGGUCCUCAUGCUGAUACCGCCAGUGGAUGCCAGAAUUUGCAGUGUGGUUUUCGGGCCUGCUGCCGCUCUGGCGAAUGACCCUUGGCUUCUGACCUUUGUCUACUUCAUUUAGCAGAGCAGGCUUCCUUUCAUGCACUUUACUUAUAGGACAUUUCUUAUCAUCCCCAUUGGAAUGUGUCUUGUUUUGGCCCCAUUUCUUACAACCUCAGAAAUCUUAAUUUACCAGUGAAUUAUACAGUGUUGGUUUUUUUUUUGCAAAAUACAUUUUGUUUUAGAAAGGGAUUAGGUCUUUUCAUCAGGGUGUGAACAGUCCUACUAAGUUACUUUCAAUGAUAUACUUUGAAAAUAAUGUCACUAUUGCCAUGCCACUUAGAUUAUUCUGAGUUUCAAAGUCAGUUGGGGGGGUAUUGGUUCUCUGUGUAGACACUACCGAGCUUUGCAGAUGUUUGCAGGCGUACAUUAUAAAGUUUGAUUUUCAGGGCUACAUAUUUUGGAAACUCUUCUAACGUUUUGUUUAUUUGAACAAAUUCUCAGAGGGCCAAUUCAAACAUACCUACGUGUAAAGUCCUUGAAGAAUAAAUUGGCUUCUAAGUGUUAGCUCAGUGAGCUAGCAAAGAACUAGUCUGUAUUUGCUUUACUCCAAGAUCCUUGAUUUCCACUGCUGUCUCUAAAUUGUCAAAUUUGGGAGAGAUUUUUAAAAAUUCCACAAUCAUUUGAAGAAAUGUAUAAAUAAAAUCUACUUUGAGGACUUUAACAAG